CUGCGCCGCUGUCAAUGGCUUCUUAUCGGUGAUCGCAGAGAUUACCGCCACUCUCUGCCGGCAGGGAGGCGUGGGACCAUUCAGCUACACGGUGGGCGAGGCGGCCAGGACAGGACAGGACAGCAGGACACGGACUAGGCAGGCUGCACAAUGGCUGACUUCAACCAGGUAGUGCUGGUCCUGUGGUGGCUGGUGCUCACCGCUUACUACACCCUGGAGGCCAUGGUGAUGAUGGUGGUGCCCAAAAAAUACCGCGCCAAGGACGUGCGGGGCAGCGUGGUGCUGGUGACGGGCGGCGGCUCCGGCAUCGGCCGCCUUAUGUGCCUCAAGCUGGCGGCGAAGGGCGCCGUGGUGGUGACCUGGGACGUGUCCGAGGCAGGUAAUGGUGAGACGGUGCGGCAGGUGCAGGCCGCGGGGGGCCAGUGUCGCGCCUACACCGUGGACCUGUGUGACCGCCAGGCCGUGUACGCCGCCGCCACCAGGCUCAAGCAGGAGGUGGGCAAGCUGGACGUCCUGGUGAACAACGCGGGCGUGGUGACGGGCAAGAGUCUGCUGCACUCCCCCGACACCAGCAUCGUCAAGACCUUCGAAGUGAACGCACUCAGCCACUUCUGGACGACGAAGGCCUUCCUGCCUGACAUGGUGACAAGGAACAAGGGCCACAUCGUCACCAUCGCCUCCAUCCUGGGCAAGACACCCCUCAAUGGACUCGUCGACUAUUGUUCUUCUAAAUACGCCGCCGUGGGCUUCGACGAGGCGCUGCGGAUGGAGCUGAAGGCGCUGGGCAAGACUGGGAUCAAGACAACGCUGGUGUGCCCGUCACUCAUUAGCACCGGCAUGUUCGAAGGCUUUGCUGCUGAGAAGGCGGAAGCGAUAGAGCCAGCGUACGUGGCGGAGGAGGUGGUGGAGGCGGUGGAGCUGGGCGUGGGUUUGCUGUACCUUCCCAAGAUGGUGAGGCUGUACGUCGUUCUCAAGAGCGUCCUCCCGGAGAAGGCGUUUUACAAGAUGCUGGAGCUCCAAGGCGCCACCAGAGCCAUGGACACCUUCGUCGGCAGGAGGAAGACCCACUAGAGAGAGAGAGAGAGAGA